GCAACCGAUGUCCGCGGUUUGCGCUGCUGCUGUUGUCUGCCUGUGUUAUGCUCUGCAUUAUUUCUUGUUUACAAAAGAAAUGUUUUGAAUUUGUUGUAGCUAAUUGAAAGCUUAUUUUUAAAAAUAAUUAUUUUACAUUCAAGGAACAUUUAACGACAAGUAUUUCCAGCCAUCUAAGAAAACAAGCGCUUGUGAUUUCUGUCAUGCAUUAUUUAAAAGCAUUCGAUUUGGUGAUCGAAUAAAUAUUUGGUGAGCUUUGUCGUUUUAAAGCAUUAAAAGGUUGUUAUUGUUAAAUGUAGUGCAAAAUAUUACCAUCUGGAUUUCGAUUAGUUGACGUUUUUAUAUACUUCUAAAUUACUUGUUCUAUGCAUUAAAAUAUUUCGCGCAAUGCAUUCUCUCACUCAUUCACAAGAAAUGCCCCUUGUUACCAACUUUUGCAAUGUCAGUUUCGCUCGUAACAAUGGCCUUCAUUGUCAGUAUAUUCCACAUAAUCAAGAAGAAACUCAUACCUGUAAUAUAUGCAAUAAAAGUUUUUCAGAAAAAAGCAAUCUGAAAAUUCACUACAUGAGUCACGCCUCUGCAAGUCCGUCUAUGACUGAUAUAUGCUGUAAAACUUACAAUCAAAAGCCACAACCUACUCAAAACAAUCACACAAACUCUGAAGAAAAGCCUCACAUGUGUGAAAUUUGUCACAAAGGUUUCGUUUCUAAGAGUGAAUUAGUAUCCCAUAGUAUAACCCACACCAAGGAAAAGCCAUAUAUGUGCGACAUGUGUAAUAAAGGUUUUGCUGAUAAGUGGCAUUUGAAAAGACACUAUUAUAUCCACACUAAGGAAAAGCCACAUGUGUGUGACAUAUGCAGCAAAGACUUUGCUCGAAAGGACCAUCUUCAGAAACAUUAUCGUACUCAUUCUAAAGCUAAAUCUCCCAUGUAAAAGAGUUAUCCCCCAUGGUAUGAUGCAUUAAAAAUGAAUGAUCUCGUAUAAAAAUUUUAUGUGUAGUUUACAAAGUUUUGUACCCCCGACUUAUUUUAGUAGUUCUUUAAAUGUGUGUGGUAUGUAGAUGUAUGUAUCUUAUCUUUGACAUAGAACUUUGAAAAAUAUUGUGAUAGCUUAAAAUAGAUGUCUGAUCCUUUUUAAAACUUUCUUCUGAACCAGGGGUCUCCAAAU